AUGCUUUGGGACUCUCCGCUAUAUAUAAAGUCAUUGAAAGGAUCAAGAUUCAUUACCAGACCCAACGCUUCGAUCAAACAUGUAUUUCCGGGCAACUUUAUCCACUUUUGUUUUGUUCAUAUCUAUGACAACUUCGACAGAGGGUGCAAUUAACCAAACCCCUCCAUGGAAAUCUCCAUGUGGAAAAACAACAAUACCACCCUCAUUCCUGGCAAGUUUGGGACCUAUUCUCAAGCAAGCUGUACCCAUCAAACGUAUGCUACACAAUGUCAUCAUAGAAUUAAAGGAAACUGAUGAAAAAGUUGAGGCUAUUCAACAAUAUUACGUUAGGCAGAAAUUUGUCGAUGCAGUAGAAGCUAAUAUUAUUCAAGGUGAAGAAAGUAAUCUUCAUCAUAUCAUUGGAUUCCCUGUGUAUAAAGGCAUUCAAGACAACGACACGAUAGAGGAUGUAUUCUACAGAGAUUACGAGACCUUUUCCUCUGUGUUAGUAUUUUUAGAACAAUCCAGCUGGGAUGUUGUAACCAUGAGUGGCGACACCCAAAGCGUCCUUCAGAUGUACAAAUCCGUCAUUAGCAAAAUACUGGGCAUCUUGUGCAAAUAUUCAAACUCAAUGGAGAACAGAAACAUCACUUAUGUAUCGCGAGAUAUCAUGCAAGACGAAGACAGAGAGGUUGCUAUCGAAUCGAGGCUACUCCGAAAGCGCGAUUUUAUAAUUCUAAAAGAUUUGAGAGUUCUCCUGAAGAAAAUGAUUCCAGAUUACGCAUUACUUAAGCAAUCCACCCCUUGAACUACACUUUAUGCCAUGAGUUUUGAUACAAAAGAGUGAUAUUCAUUUAUUUUUUUAACUGGUUGUUGAGACUGCAUUAUCUGAACAUUUUUACUGCUUAUUUAUAUAUUUAUAGUUUGCGUGCAUUUAUAUAUUUUUUUUUUAAUUUAUAUUUAUUUAUUUGCCAUUAUACAUGAAAUAAACAUACAUAUAAUUAGUUUUUC